AUGAUAUCCGCAACUAUUAAAUAUCUCAAAAAACAUAAGCGUGGUAUUUUGAUUACUUUGGGAGUGAGCGGUGGUAUUUAUUUUCUAGGAAAGUAUGCAAAGUGGAAAAUUAUUGAAUUUCAAGAAAAAGCUGAACAAGAAAGGAGGGCUAAAGACAAUAUACGCCGUCGAUUCCAACAACGUCAAAUCGACUGUGCGUUCACGGUCGCAUCCCAUCUUCCAUCAAUAGCUGAAAUCUUGUUGAAGAGAUUUGAUGUUGAGUCAAUUCUAGAUAAUCUACAAAAAGCAAAGAAUUCUACUCCAAAUAACUCGCCCGGCGCUUCUAUUGUCUUAGUGAAUGAUCCAAAUACAACACCUUCUUCGUCUGUGAUAUUUGUGGAUAAACCUGUUGAUAUUGACAAUGGCAAAAUUAUAGAGACUAAUACCGAGAUAAAUGAUGAAAAUAACGUUGAGCGAUCUGAAAAUCGGAGAAGUGACAGCAGUGGGUCAAGUAUAGAUAGUGAUUCGCAAUCUCCUGUUAGUGGAAGCCAUUCUACUUAUGUGAGUGCGAAUCAUUCACCCACAGAUAAGAAAAUUAAGUUAGAGUUAUUGAAUGAAGUCAAAUAUAAAUCCUUUAUUCGUUCCAUAGCAGCAAUAUAUCUCGAAACAUUCCUUACCCUGAUAAUUACUAUUCAAUUAAACCUUCUGGGAAGAUAUAAUUACCUUUAUUCUAUUACUUCACUCACCGAACGUGAUAGAGAACAAGUGAUCCAAAUUAAUCCCCCUACGGGAUCCAUAUUAAAUCCAGAUAUCGAGAAGAAAUAUUUAACGUUUAUCUGGUGGUUUUUGAAUGUUGGAUAUGAAGAGGUCGUAGAACGAAUCAGAAUCGCCGUGGAAACUCAACUAUCAACUGUAUCAUUGAAACAAGAGCUCUCAUAUAAAGAUUUUGUGUGGUUAUUAUCCGAAAUACGUUCCCGGAUUGAAAGAACUGAAGAUGACCGACCUUAUGAAUUUCUUAACGUGUUGAUACCUGAAGACCAAGCUGAUGAAUUACGAGUUCUUGAUCAAGGUGGUGGUGGAGAAUUAGAUCAUAACGUUGAUCCAAAGCUUAGAAGAUUGUUGGAUGAGACAAAAGAUUUCCUACAUGGCCAGGAUUUUACUGCUGUCUUAUCUAGUUGUGUAUCCUCAGCGUUUUCUUUGAUGCAACAGGACUUACAUACACAUUUCGUUUCGGAUGAACCAACCGAGAAGAAAGUUACACUUUCAAAAUUAUUACCAGCCAUGAAGCAAGAAGCGCAUAUCAUACUUAGUAGUGUUCAUAAUAAAUUCCUAGAUGCUAUUAAGGAAUGUAAGGAAUUGCAAGCCCUUUGUGCAGUUAUUUAUUCAUCAUUUGAUGAUAUUUAA